AUGGAGACGUUAGCAGACCAGGCCCGGGAGAACACGUUGGCAGAACCGGGAAUGCUAAUGCUAAAGCUAGCUGAAGUCACAGCUCCAGUCGGGUUAGUUUCCCCACAGACAAGUUUCUUGCGGGCGCCAGCGUGCUCCGAGCCUGGCGUCCGGAGGGGGGUGAACGGUCCGUGGGUUUCCAAGCGAGAGGGAAGACAGCAGGUCUGCCACAGCUCCUCUGCACUCCUGCUCUGUGGCUCCGCAGCGAGAGCCGUGGCCAAAGAUCAGCAGUGCAUCAAGAUGGAUAAGUCCUGGCUUCACGAAUAUGCCUCCGCUGGAAAACUACGGCCAAAGAUCAGCAGUGCAUCAAGAUGGAUGUGUCCUGGCUUCACGAAUAUGCCUCCGCUGGAAAACUACGGCCGAAGAUCAGCAGUGCAUCAAGAUGGAUGUGUCCUGGCUUCACGAAUAUGCCUCCGCUGGAAAACUACGGCCGAAGAUCAGCAGUGCAUCAAGAUGGAUGUAUCCUGGUUUCACGAAUAUGCCUCCGCUGGAAAACUACGGCCGAAGAUCAGUGCAUCAAGAUGGAGCUAA